CUUUUUGUGUGUUGUAAGAUUAUAUUCCUUUGCCCUAUCGCUUUAUAAGCCCUCCUCUCUCCCCCCAUCCCUUUGAUCUCUCUCAACACACCACACCACACAACACAACAACUCUCCAAUCCAUACCCUUAACUCAGAAUGUACCAUCAUCAUCAACAUAGAGGGAAAAGCAUCCACUCCUCUGAGAGGCAUUUGUUCUUACAAGGUGGGAAUGGGCCUGGAGGAGAUUCAGGUCUUGUUCUUUCCACCGACGCUAAACCCAGGCUUAAAUGGACUCCUGAUUUGCAUGACCGUUUUGUUGAAGCAGUCAAUCAACUUGGAGGGCCUGACAAGGCCACUCCUAAAACCGUGAUGAAAAUUAUGGGCAUUUCUGGACUUACUUUGUACCAUUUGAAGAGCCAUCUUCAGAAAUACAGGCUGAGCAAGAACAUGCAUGGACAAGCAAAUGGUGGAAGUGGAACCAAUAAUAAAACUGGUAUGGGUUGGCGUGUAGGAACGGUGGCUGUUUCUGUAGACCAGAGAUUGGGUGAGGCAAAUGGAGCAGGUCGCACUAACAACAGCAUAGCCGUCGCACCACAGGCCUCCUCCCAGCCAAACAAAAGUCUUCAAAUCAGUGAAACAAUACAAAUGCAAAUUGAAGUGCAGAAAAGGCUACACGAACAACUCGAGGUACAAAGGCAUUUGCAGCUACGAAUAGAAGCACAAGGGAAGUAUCUCCAAACAGUGUUGGAGAAAGCACAAGAAACAUUAGGAACACAGAAUUUAGGGACAGUGGGACUUGAAGCUGCCAAAGUGCAGCUCUCAGAAUUGGUCUCCAAAGUGUCCACUCAAUGCCUAACUGCAGCCUUUCCAGAGCUCCACCACCAACAACAACAACAACAAAACCAACCCCAAAGGCUAUGUCCUCAACAAACCCAGCCCCCUGACUGCUCCAUGGACAGUUGCUUGACUUCCUGCGAGGCCUCCAAGGAUCAGCAAAACGGCCACUUGGCCCUCCAACCCUAUGCCAUCGCCACCGACAGAGGCUCCUCCGCUGCGGACCAGCUUCAUGGGCUGUCCAUGGGCAUGGGGCUGGUGCAAGGGGAGAAGGGGGAAGGGUAUAAUGGGUAUUCACCAUCCGAGGGACAAAGAUUUGGGAGUACAAGAAAGGAGGGAGUGGAAAGGGAGAAAGUGGUGGAGGGGGCGUUUAGAUAUAGAAUGGACUUGAAUGCUGGAGAGGAUCAGCUUAGUGAUAAUGAUCAUGCUGCGUCUAAUACUUGCAAGAUGUUUGAUCUUAAUGGUUUUAGCUGAUUAUUAUUAACCUUCUUCAUAUAGAUAUAUAUUGCAAGAUGUUUGAUCUUAAUGGCUUCAUGAAAGUUGAUAUUAAAGUGUAGAACUUGUUCGGCAAACCCACAAAUGAGCUACUUUUAGUCAUUGUUUUAUUGACGAGAGAGCCCUCCCUUAAGAACCUUUUGUGAAAAGUUGAUGAAUUUUGUGUUGAACCCUCUUAGGUUGCCUCACAUAUAAGCCAAGAAUGUUGCACUGUACUUUGGACAAAUUGUGACGGCUAUUAACAUAGUGGGGCAAGAACCCAUUUGCUAUUGUAACUUUCAAGCACCUGUAAACAUAAUCGCAUAAUUUGUUAUGCCACAAUUGAGAUAAUCUUAGAACAUGUAAAACAUUGGAUAUUUUAUGUUCGCCUAUACAUUCUUUGUUCUAACACAAAAUCUCAAUGAAGUAGUAUUGGAUAGUCAGUUUUCUGGUGCAAAUCCUCCGUUAAGAGUUUCAGUCAUGUACUUUCUUGAGUUGCUCUAGCCACCGCUCUAUACUCCGCUUUUGUAGUUGACAAUGAUAUUUUUAUUUGUCUUUUGCUGCACCAAGAAAUUGUUCUUGAAUUGAGCUUGAACACAUACCUAGUGAUUGAUCUUCGAGUAUCGUGAUCUUUUUCAUAGUCAGCAUUAUAGUAUCUAGCUAGCUUGCAUUCGUCACUUCUUUUGUACAAAAGACCAUAAUCGAUUGUACUUUAGACAUAUUGCAAGAUCUGUUGAGCUGUAUCCAAAUGAGGCUUUUUCAGACUUUGCAUAUACUGACUGAUGACUCCAACUUCAUUUGGUUGGUUUAUGUAGAUCUCUCGGUCCAACUCUCAAUGCAAGAAAACAUUCUUCAUGUUCAUCUGCCACAAUUUAUUGCAAGUGUUGGAGCAACUGGUACGAUAGUGAUCUUCGCCAUUGGACCAACAUUUCAUCGUAAUAUAGUCCAUAUUGUUGAGAGAACCUUCGAGUUACAGUCCAAGCCUUGUAUCUCUCGAUUGAUCUAUCCAAGAGACACAUUAUUCUGUAAACCCACUUGCAAGAGAUGAAUUUGAUA